AGUGGAAGGAGCAUAUGUCGGGGCAGGAGGGGCCGUCCUCUGCCAAGGCGGACGUGUAUUCACUGGCAGCAUAUGGCUCAGGCAGUGCACAACGUGCUCUCAGGCGAUGCCACCGAUGGUGCUGACUCUCAGAACUCGCUGGUCGAACCCGUGCCUCCCUCACAAGGCCCAGGGGCUUAUAACGAGGAUGGGGCUGGCAGUGGGAGUUUUCCUGGGGAAGGGAGUGGUGGUGUUGCUCGUGCUGCUGGUGCUGAGGGGAACAGUAGCAGUAGCGACGGGAGCAGCAGUGCCGCUGCAGCAAGUUCUGUCCUCGUUAGUAACAGCUCCGUUUCAGGCCAGGAGCCGGGAACAUGGGCCCAUGUGCCCAUGCCUGUGAUGGCGCCUGGUGAUUCUGCCAGCUCGCUUAUCCCCAUUCUUUCUGGCGCAGCUCAGAGCAAUUUUGGGUUGCUGCUGCGGGAUGCGCUGCUCCAGGCGUCUGUGAUGGGCGCCACAGGCAGGGUUCGACUCACCCCGGAGGGGGAUGUGAAGGACGGGUCGGUUCAGCUGCUGAAUGUGCGGGGCAGCGAGUUUGUCACUGCAGGGUACUGGCGCCUGGGGAAGGGCUUUACCACCUCAGAUGACCCACUAGCUCCAGCAGUGCAAGCCAACAGCUCUUUCACACUCAACCUGCUGUUUCCAGGAAAUCUUGAAAAGGACCCGUUGCGGAUAGCCGUGCCGAACAAGAAAGGCUACAACCAGUUUGUCGAGAUCCUGCCGCCCACCGCCGCCCAGGGAAAUGACCGCUUCACGGGGUUUUGUCUGGAUCUGUUCCGGGCGGCAGUGGCGCGGCUGCCUUACGAGCUGUCGUACGAGUUUAUGCAGUUUGGGGAGGGCGACGCCACUCCCAGCUACACUGAAAUGGUGUAUGCUGUGGCUAACCAUACAUACGAUGGAGCCAUUGGCGACAUUGCUGUGCUCAAUUUCCGCAGCAAAGCCGUCGAUUUCACCGCCCCCAUCCAACAAUCAGGGCUGAGCCUAGUAUCCUACGUGGCACCAAACGACAACCCCUGGAUCUCCUAUCGCCCCUUCUCCUGGCAAAUGUGGCUGCUCGUUGCCUGCCUCAUCGUUUUCACUGGCCUUGUGCUCUGGUUCCUGGAAAGCUCCCACCCCGCGCACCUGCUGCGGCGGGAGUAUGACCGACCACACCAAGAACUCAUGUCGUACAUAUGGAUGUCCUUUGCGCCAGUUGGAUUCGCAAAAGUGAGGGGCAUAGUGAAGACGUCUCUCGGUCGGAUCCUCACAGUCACGUGGUUCGCGCUCAUGAUUGUCGUCUCCUGCUCCUACGUCGCUGCCCUCACUGCUGCUCUCGUGCUCCAAAAGCUACAGCUUCCACUAUCUAGCAUAUACGAGGCGGCGGGCUCAAACGUGAUGGUGGGCUAUCAGUACGGCUCCUUUGUCUACGCCUACCUACUGCAGCUCGGGGUAUCUCCGUCUCAUCUGGUGCCGCUGAACAGCGAGCAGGACUACUAUGAGGCGCUCUCGUCGCAGAAGGUGGCCAUCAUAGUGGACGAGGACCCCUACCUGAACGUCUUUGCCUCGCAGUACUGCCAAGUGCUCCGCGCCUCCCAAGCCUUCAACGUCCUCAACUCCGCCUUUGCAUUCCAAAAGGGAUCUCUCUUUGGGGCGGGCAUCUCUCAGGCGCUGCUGGAGCUGACCUUUGCAUUCCUUCCCCUCUUCUGCCCGCUUUUGUCUUCACCUCUGCCCGUAUCAGGCCUUCCAGAAGGGCUCUCUCUUUGGCGCGGACAUCUCUCAGGCGCUGCUGGAGCUGGCACAGAAUGGCGAGCUGCAGCGCAUUCGUAG